AUCGUCGCGGUCGCGGUGACUUGAGAAACAAGCAGUAACUUUCUGACAGAUGUUUCGAAGUUUUGUUAUCCCAAACAGUUAUUCUUCCAAAUAAAUUAGAACGUCUACAAUAAAGUACGGUUGCAGAAGGUAAAAAUCAGCAAGUUGAACUUGAAACGAAAGCAGAUGAGAAAUCACUUUUGCACAUAGGAUUGAAAGAUAAACAGAGCAGUAGGAUAGAAUCAAUCCUCGUGUUCGUCUUGUGUAUCUAGGAAAGUUUUUCUUGUUCCGUGUGUAGCAGUGACUGUUUCUCCCAGCUGUCGAGUAGAAUAAAAAGAAAAAAAGAAGAAGAAACAGCGUACGAAAGAUCCGGAGGGGCUACAAGUGCUUGAUCAGUUCGCGCGUGCCUCGCUGCUAAAUCGCGGUGGUGUGAUCGAACAAUAAUAUUGAGGUUAUUGGUUCGCUGGUUUUUUGUUGUUUCCUAAAUAUAGGCACACUCGCGCUCUUUGUUCGACGUCAAACAAUUGGACAACGAAAAUUUGAUAAACGCAACAAGAGUUAAUAAUGGCAAAAACAUAUGAUUACUUGUACAAAUUAUUGCUCAUCGGGGAUUCAGGAGUCGGUAAAACGUGUGUUUUAUUCAGAUUUUCUGAAGAUGCAUUCAACACGACCUUCAUCUCCACCAUUGGUAUCGACUUCAAAAUACGCACAAUAGAACUGGAUGGCAAGAAGAUUAAAUUGCAAAUAUGGGACACGGCUGGUCAAGAGAGAUUUAGAACUAUCACAACGGCAUAUUAUCGUGGCGCUAUGGGCAUCAUGUUGGUGUACGACGUCACUAAUGAGAAAAGUUUUGAGAAUAUAAAGAAUUGGAUUCGUAACAUCGAAGAAAAUGCAUCGGCCGAUGUAGAAAAGAUGCUUCUAGGGAACAAAUGUGAACUAAUCGAGAGGAGACAAGUUUCCAAAGAGAGGGGUGAACAACUAGCUAUUGAGUACGGUAUUAAAUUUAUGGAAACAUCGGCCAAGUCUAGUAUCAACGUUGAGGAAGCCUUUUUCACGUUAGCUCGAGACAUCAAAGCCAAGAUGGAAAAAAAAUUGAAGGAGGCAUCCAAUCCACCGAAGAGCGGUGGCAAUCAAUUGAAAGCUUCAGAACCAGCGAGAAAACCACCGAGUUGGCUCGGACGUUGUUCCGUACUCUGACCCCGUCAUCACGAGUGUUGGCUCCACCACCUUAUUAAUCGACAGACGUAUCCUUGGUCGAACGGAGUUGCCUGCGUUCAACGAUUCUCCCUUCGAAGCCCUUUUAUUCGGGCCAUGUGAUUCUCGGUCCCCUGAUUCGUUCCGGGGACGGACACUCUCCGCAUCAUUCGGUGGUUUUAUUUUUUAAUUAUGAUUAACAUUUUCCUUUCUUUUCAACCUAAUUUAAUUAUCGAUAUCAUUUGAUUCGGGGAAUCAACGGGAGUGGGGUGGAUGAACAAAGAUUUCCCCGUUGCGGCCGAAUACGCUAUUGCACACUACUCUUACGUUGGACUAGGCGCGAAAUAUCUCGAGCUUUAUGUUAAAAAACGCUACAAUACUUAGUUUUACAUGGAAAUUCAAUGAGAAUUUUAAAAAAUGCAAUGAACGCAACGAUGGAGAUAUGAGAAGGAGCAAAAACAGAAGCAGAAGGUGAAAGUAUAUAAACAAAAACAUCACCGUUCGUACCGAACAAAGAAGAGUGAUAUUAUCGCGCGCGCGCAUCAACGCAUCAUCCCUAAAUGGAACUAGUACUCCCGCCGUUUGUGAAGCGUUAAUUUUUCUCGUCGUGAUGCAGAAAAAAAGAAAGAAAAUAAUGACUAGACGAUACGAGAGAAAGAAAAAUUAACAAAAACGCGUAUGCGCAUGUAUGUGAAGAAAAAAAUACGCAACAAUUUUCAUCGUUGUAUGGGGGGAAAAAAAAAAAAAAACAUCGAUAAAUUGCGAUGGCUCGCUGUGGCAUAUUUCCAUCACGAGUAGAAUCAUAUAACCACUUAUCAUUAGUGUUUUUAACGACGUUAAUCACCGAUAAAGUCGGAUGCAUGUUUAAGGAUGAACAGGACAAGGGAAAGCAACAUCACAAUCAUUCUUUUUUAUAUUGUUAUGAGGAAAAAUAGCUUUUUCACAGAAUUAAGGGAAGAGAAAAUGUAAUUGAAUCUGUAUGUCGACGUGACAAUGUACGAUGCGCUCGCGUAUGUAUCUUAGUGGUGUAUCAAUCGUUAAUUUAUCAUUUUCGACAAAACGGUCCAGGGUUCCGGAUUUUACGUUGUAAACGGCGAGGAUAAAUUGGCAUGCGCGGAAAAUUUGUAGAAACAAAAACGGAAAUUUAAAAAAAGAAACGUUCUCCGAAACGCAUUGUUUUAUUUUUUAUUUUAUUAGAGUUACGGAAAAUUAUAAGCUGACAAAAGCGAUACGACUCGUACGGGUUCUUGUAUUUGUUGUUAACGUUGCGGAUGAAAUUUUUUCGGCAUACACGAUUCGAUGGUCAGGUCGUCCGAUCACCGAGAAGAAAAGAAUAACGCAACCGCAAAAUUUAUGUACAGAGGGUCUAUUUCGAAUCUCGUUCAUUCGUUGCUCCCGCACCGUUUGCUGCGUUUCUUUUUUAUUUUUUCCGUUUUGUUUUAUUCUUUUCUUCAAACGUGUAAUCUCGUUUUACGUCGGACUCGAGAUAACAAAAACAAGAAGAUGAGAAAAGAAAACGACUAUUAUAAUACAUUUUAUAUUAAUCCUA